AUCCGACAAGAAGCACGUGUACCCAUGGGUUGGAGAUACUUUCAGUUUUGUAAAUCUCUACGAUAGUAACAGUAAAUUGUAACCCAGGUUUGUAUUUACAAGCCUUUUUCUUGAGUCUGUCAUGAGAAGCCGGCCUCAGAAGGAAAUCUUGGCAAGCAGACGAGGAUGAACACCAGACACCCUGUGGCUGUCCUGGAUGAUACCUAUUAUAGACCAGUGUCCUUAGUUGAUGUGUAUGUGUGCAAUGUUACAGACAAGAAAAAGGCGGCAAAACUUAUCCAGUGCCUUAAAAAGCAAUUUCCAUUACCUAAGUUUUUCCAUUUAAAGAGGAUAAGGGCAGUGAAAGAUUCACCCUUACAGAUAAUUCUUUGUGAUGGAUGUUGUGACAUAGAUCAGGUCACAGUGACCUUGUCUGAAUCUCAGGAUUACUCGACCCUGACAAAGCCUUUCAAGGUCAAAGUACCUGCAGAGAUGCCCUUGACCAGACAACAGUAUGAAGAAUCCAUUUUGUAUUGGCCUGUCAAUUUCUAUGAAGACAAAAGUGUGAUGAGGGCUUUGGCAAAGCAGAUAUUCAACACCGAAGAAAUUGACAGAAUUUAUAAUUACAUGGAAGAGGCAAUAGCCAUGGCGAAAAAAGGUGCGGAAUCCAAACAGCUACCAAUAGGUGCAGUGGUAGUGGAUCCAGACCAGAAUGUGGUAAUUGCCAAAGGUCAUGACCUUCGACACAGCUCUCAUCCACUGCAGCAUGCUACCAUGGUAACCAUUGAUCUAGUGGCAAGGUCACAGGGCGGGGGUAUGUGGCCUUUGGAAGGUUGCCAAGCCUUGUACUACAAAGCUCCAGGGCAGAGUUCGACAGCUUCUGUCCCUGUCACAUGUCCAGAUAACGCUGACCAGAGAUCGGAGCCAACAUCCUCUGUCCCUGUCACAUGUCCAGAUAACGCUGACCAGAGAUCGGAGCCAACAUCCUCUGUCCCUGUCACAUGGCCAGUUAUCAAUACAGAUGCUAAUUAUCAGGGUCCAGAUAUAGACAAAGACUUUGGUCAAAUAACAAGUAGCGGUCAAUGUUCUAACACCACUAGUGGCCAGUUUGGGUCAAAGACUGGUCAAGGGACAGAGAAAUCUGGACCCUAUCUCUGUACUGGUUAUGACAUCUACCUGACCAGGGAGCCAUGUGUUAUGUGUGCUAUGGCCCUCGUCCAUUCCCGGAUAGGGCGUGUCUUUUAUGGGAGUACAUUUCCCAAGGAAGGAGCUCUUGGAUCAAAGUACAAACUCCACACCCAAACAGGUCUCAACCACCACUACCAAGUAUUCUGUGACGUCCUGCGAGCCGAGUGUGAUCAACUGUAUGAUGCUGCUGUAACAUAACCAACAUGGAACUGCUUGACCGGUGAAGUUAAGUGGACAUUGAUGACCAGUGAAGUUAUAGGACGUGGACUGUCAUUCUAGACCAGUGAAGUUAUAGGACGUGGACUGUCAUUCUAGACCAGUGAAGUUAUGGAAUGUGGACAUUAUUCACCAGUGAAGUUAUGGGAUGUGGACAUACUUGACCAGUGAGGUUAUACUAUGUGAACAUUCUUGACCAGUUAAUUUAUUAGAUAUGGACAUUCUUGACUAGUGAAGUUAUAGGAUAUGAACAUUCUUGACCAGUUAAUUUAUAGGAUAUGUACAUUCUUGACCAGUGAAGUUAUAGGAUAUGUACAUUCUAGACCAGUGAAGUUAUAUGACGUGGACUGUCAUUCUAGACCAGUGAAGUUAUAGGAUGUGGACUGUCAUUCUAGACCAGUGAAGUUAUAGGACGUGGACUGUCAUUCUAGACCAGUGAAGUUAUACGACGUGGACUGUCAUUCUAGACCAGUGAAGUUAUGCAAUGUGGACAUUCUUGAACAUUCUUCACCAGUGAAGUUAUAGGAUGUUGACAUUCUUGACCAGUGAAGUUAUAGGAUGUUGACAUUCUUGACCAGUGAAGUUAUAGUGUGUUGACAUACUUGACCAGUGAAGUUAUUGGAUGUUGACAUACUUGACCAGUGAAGUUAUAGGAUGUUGACAUACUUGACCAGUUAAUUUAUAGGAUGUAUCCAUUCUUGACCAGUGAAUUAUAGGAUAUGGACAAUCUUGACCAGUGAAGUUAUGGGAUGUGGACAUUCUUGACCAGUGAAGUUAUAGGAUGUUGACAUUCUUGACCAGUGAAGUUAUAGGAUGUUGUCAUACUUGACCAGUGAAGUUAUGGGAUGUUGACAUUCUUGACCAGUGAAUUUAUGGGAUGUAGUUCUGCUUGAUAUUUCAACAUUUUCCAACUGAAAUAACAUAUACUAUCGUUAAAAAUGUGAAUAAAGGGAGAUAUUUAUUUUCAAUUAAGAUUUGAAAAAAAACUUAUUUCACUCACUUUUUUACUACAUAAAAUCAUACAUUUCAGUAUGACAACACUUAAGCUUGUAAUCGGUAAUCCUCAAAAUUCCAGGGGUUACGCUCACUUACGUUCUCUGCACACUGAGCCUUCGAUUCUAAUUUGUCAUGAUAUAUGGGGCGCAGAGAACAUUGGUGAUGGUAACCCAAGGAAUGUUGAUUUUUGUUAAUUUGUAAACGUCAUCUUCAUGUGAGUUUUGCGGUUGUAAGCACACGAACUUGAUGUUUAAAAAAGAUCAUGUCAUCCUCACGGGUAGUUAAUGCAUCCCAUAUUUACUACACAAGGAUUUUCAAUAAAAAAAAAAAUGCCAUUGCUUAUAGCUUAAUGUAACAAGAGAGGAAAAAUACAUGGCCACACCAGGAUUCGAACUCGGGUUCCUCCGAACUCUAGACGUAUGCUCUAACCAAUUGAGCUACAUGGUAGCCAGUGAUCCACUCCGUACAGUUCCGCUACAUGAUCCCUCCUUCAACAAAGUCUUCGACCCUGAAGACACACAAGACACUAUACCACCUUCCGAAUGCAUGUUUGUUUGGGCGCCAAAUGUAACAAGAGAGUACAAAUACACGGCCAGUCUGGGUUUGUAACUUGGAACCCUCCGAACUCUAGACGGACGCUCCGGUUGCCAGCAAUUAAUCGAUCCAGUCCAGUUCCGCUACACUUAUAAGGGUGGGUUCAAGACAAUUGAAAUGGCAAUUUCUAUUCCUUCUCACGAAAAACCAAAACCUACAUGUCAUGAAAUAAAAAUGAAAAAAAUUAAU